GAAGUAGAGCCAGGCUAUUAUCCCCAUUGAACAGCGCAGGAACUGAGGCACAGAAAGACUAAGUGACUUGUCCAACAUCACGCCUCUCCUCUGACACCAACAGACCAUCCUUCUUCUCUUGUGGAAGCAAGCCCCCUGGUGUCAGAGGAGAGGCAUGACGACCCCGAUGCCCAUCCCAAAGCUUUUGACUCUUUUAGGGCUUAUCUGCAAAGUGAAGUUAUUCUGGACUAAGCAGCCCCCAGACACAGGAUCACACCCAGGCCUCACGCCUCAGGAGCCAGGCCCAGCCUUGUUCUACCCGUCAGGGCCCGCUCUCAGCAUCCCUCCAGCCCCUUGGGCAUCUGGGAAUAUUGUUGCACAAGAGCACAACUACUGCAGCUGGCCAGACUCUGAGGGCAGUGUGCGAAGAGCCCCCAACUCGGAGAGAGUGGAGCUGGCCUCAGUCAGAAGCAGACGGCAAACACGUCAGGGCCCAGGGUACAAAGCUAGUCAGGGACCCUGGGCCUCUAUGCCCCCCGGACCCACAACAGCCAGCGUCUUCUGCAGCCGCCAGCCCCUCAGGGGGAGGAGGAGGGCAAAGGCCCAGGCUGUUCAGCCACUCCAGAUCCAUGGCCUAUCCCUGGGCCAGUAUCAGCAGCUGUUCCGCUCACUGGUGGAACGGGAGCUGGGUCCAGCAGAGACCCCAGGCCAUGGGCUAGAAUGGGGCCGCAGGAUCAAAGAGCAGCUGUUCUACGCUGUGGGCUGCCCCCGCUACCGGCAGCUGGUGGGUCCCGACGGGCAUGUCCGGGUGGUGGAGUAUGCACACCGCACUGGGCACAGGCAGGCCCCACCCCAUUAUGACAUCGACACUGGGGAUGAGGAGCCACCUGGCACCGAGGAAGCACCAGGCCCAGCUGAGCCUUCACCCUAAGAGGCCAAUCCUGCAGAGCCCAGCUGGGCCCAGCCCCACGCAGGCAAACCUCUGUCAAUUACACUGUGAACCUGGCA